GCCGCUGGAUCUGGUAAAUGAAGCCGCCACGUGUCGGUGAGUGAUGAAAUAGGGUUGCAUUUCAGUCAGCCUCCACCACCUCAUUCAUUCCUUUCCUCGUGACUUCCCAAAUUUCUGGCACUCAUAAUCCAAAAACCCUAAUUUCUCUCUUCUCUUCUUCAACAACUUGUUCUGAUUUUUCAAAUUUUGCUUCACUCGCUACGAUUAACGCGCCACAAGUUUCGUACGGAGUAACAGUCGCUUCAUGAUCUCAUGAUUUGGUGAGAUUUGAAUCAUUUGAUCCUAAGUUAUAAAAAUGCUGUUGUUUGUUGAUGGUUGGCGUAUCUAUACUUGAGGCUCGAGGCGUUGGUGCUGUUGGUUGUAGUUUUUAAGUCACUUUGGGUGGCUUUGUUUUUCUUAUUUGACUAAUGGCUGAUGACAGCCAGCAUACAAGUUGGCUUGCUUCUGGUUUGGCUGUAAUAUUGGACGGUGAAGAUAAGAAGGAGAGUAGUCAGAAAAGCCAUCUUCUCUCGUACUGUGAUGAUUUUGGUGAACAGUCACUUGAACGGACACUUGAACAUGUGUUCGACCUCCCGUCGAAAACGAUUAAUUUGCUGACAUGUCAAGUUGAUGCUAAUGUAAUUUGCUCUAUUAUAAAAAAUGAUUACUUGAGAUAUCAUAAAACGUUAUUGACUGUUGACACUUCAAGAGAAGGAGCGUCUGCCAGUGUUGACGGUUCUGGACCUUACAUUGUUAAAAUUGAAGAAUCGAGCGUGUGCGGUGAAUUUCAACUUAUAAAACCGCCUUUGUUAAUUGAAAGCCACGCGGUAUUCAGUAGUGCGCGAGCAAAUGCAUGUGUAUGGAAAGGUAAAUGGAUGUAUGAAGUAACUCUAGAAACCGCUGGUUUACAACAGCUUGGAUGGGCUACUAUUUCUAGCCCUUUUACAGAACACACAGGUGUAGGUGAUGCGGAUGAUUCAUAUGCAUUUGAUGGAAAACGGGUCAUCAAGUGGAACCUAAAUCCUCAACCGUAUGGCCAGACAUGGGUUGUUGGCGAUGUCAUUGGAUGCUGCAUAGAUUUAGAAGCUGAUGAAAUUUCAUAUUAUAGAAACGGUGUUUCUCUUGGUGUAGCGUUUAAUGGAAUAAAGAAAAUGGUUCCUGGGCUAGGGUAUUAUCCCGCAAUUUCUCUUUCUCAAGGCGAACGGUGUCAUUUGAAUUUUGGGGCCCGUCCAUUUAGAUAUCCUAUUCAAGGUUUCCAACUGAUUCAAAUCCCACCAUCGACAAAUCCAUUAGCUGUUGGUUUGCUUCAUUGCUUUUCAAAGUUGUUGAAUAUGUGGCGAGGGGAGAACAACAGUUAUAGCUCUAUGGAAAAGCUAAGAAGUUUAAAACGGUUUAUGCCUGUUAACGAGUUAUAUAAUCCCGUUUCUCGUGGAAUUUGUAUGGAGUUAUUCUCAAUUCUUAACGCAAAUGCAGAGAGUGUGGAAUACAUAAGCUGGGGCCCACUUCUUUCUUUUCUCAUGGACGUUUUCCGGGAUCAAGCACCUCAUGAUUAUGAAAGUUUGGAUAAAGUACUUGAUGUUUUACUUGAUUUCCCGGGGUCCACAUUGAUGUUUGAACACCUCAUCUCUGCCCUUUCUUACCAUUGUAAGACUGCAUCUAUUGUGUUACGAGAGAGUCCAUAUUCGGGUUCAUAUCCAUAUCUUGCGUUGGCAUGUCACAUGUUAAGACGUGAAGAUUUGAUGGUGGUUUGGUGGAAGAUGUCUGAUUUUGAGUUUUUAUUUGAAGGAUUUUUAUCUCAGAGAUGUCCAAAUAAACAAGAUCUUCAGCAUAUGAUACCUGCUGUAUGGUGGCCUGGUUCAUGUGAAGAUGUUUCUCAUGAAAGUAGUAUGAUGUUGACCACUAAAACGUUGACUGAAGCAAUUAAUAAGAUUGAGGAGAAACAUCGGGACCUAUGUUGUCUAGUCAUGCAAUUCAUUCCACCCGUAACGCCUCCUCAGUUACCAGGCUCCGUUUUCAGAACAUUUUUACAGAACAUUAUAUUAAGAAACAGGGGAGCAGAUCGCAACAUACUGCCACACGGUGUAUCAAGCAAUUCCGUUCUUGUUUCUUUGUUCACCGUUAUACUUCAUUUCUUAUCAGAAGGAUUUGCAGUAAGAGGGUGUGGUUGGAUGUUGGGUUCUGGAACUAGUGGUGGGCCCACUGUCGGGUUUCUUCACAGAGGUGGUCAACAAAGUUUUCCACUUCCACUAAUUCUUAAACACGACCCUCACCGAGUUGAGAUCUCGAGGCUCGGUGGGUCCUACAGUCAUCUAGCUAAUUUCCACCCUGUGAAUGUGGACCCUGAAGCUGAAGUGGUUCAGUGGGAGGAAGGGUGUGUAGAUGAUGUGGACCCAGAAACCAGAAUAACACAUGCAGGGAUUCAGAAGCCGUGUUGUUGCUUAAGUUUGGACGCUAAUUUUUCACGGAUUUCUAAGAAUCCUUUUAGAUAUACGGCUAAAGCUUCUCAGAGCCAUUGCGGUUCCAUUCCGGAGAGAUCCGCUCAGGUGGCGGCUGAGUGCAGUUCUGGCAAUUUGAAUGAUGACAUGGCGGAUAAACCUAGCACGAGUGACCAGUCGGAUUCUGAGUUUGGUUAUCUCCUGGUGCAGCAAAUGAGGGUUGUAGCGUUAGAGAGUACUUCAUCUUCGUCAACGUUAAAAGAAGAGGAGCUUUUGGAUGCCAUGCUCUUGUUGUACCAUUUGGGCCUUGCGCCAAAUUUCAAACAGGUGUCAGGUUACAUGACUCUUCAGUCACAUUCAAUAUCCCAGCUGGAAGAAACAGACAGACAAAUAAGAGAACGAGGCGGUGGUGAACAAUUAAGGCAGCUGAAAGAGGCCCGAAGUGUCUACCGUGAAGAGGUUAUAGAUUGUGUGCGCCAUUGUGCUUGGUACCGUGUCUCUCUUUUUGCCAGUUGGAAACAGAGGGGAAUGUAUGCAGCAUGUAUUUGGAUUUCUCAGUUGCUUCUGGUUCUUAGCAAAAUGGAUUUGGUUUUCAGUUAUGUGCCUGAAUUUUAUUUAGAAACUCUGGUUGAUUGUUUUCAUGUUUUGCGAAAGAGCGAUCCUCCUUUUGUCCCUGCAGGAAUGUUUAUAAAACAAGGACUUGGUUCAUUUGUUACUUUUGUGGUUACCCAUUUCAGCGACCCGAGAAUAUCAAGCGCAGAACUAAGAGAUCUACUUCUUCAAUCAAUUUCUGUAUUAGUUCAGUACAAGGAGUUUUUGGCUGCUUUUGAGAGCAACCGAGCAGCAACUCGUAGCCUCCCAACAUCACUUUUAUCAGCGUUUGAUAACCGAUCCUGGAUUCCUGUAACGAAUAUACUAGUAAGAUUAUGCAAAGGUUGCGGGUUUGGAUAUUCAAAGCACGGAGAGUCUUCAUCGGUUUCUAGCGUGUUUCAGAAAUUAUUACGUGAGGUUUGUCUGAAAGAUGAAGAAUUGUUUUCAGCGUUUCUCAAUCGCCUUUUUAAUAAUCUAAGCUGGGCAAUGACGGAAUUCUCGGUUUCCAUACGAGAAAUGCAAGAAAAAGGCCAGAUGAUUGAGUUUCAGCAGAGGAAAUGCGGUGUUAUAUUUGAUCUUUCAAGCAAUCUCGCAAGGGUACUAGAGUUUUGUACUUGUGAGAUUCCUCAGGCUUUUUUGUCAGGGGCAGAUACGAACUUGCGCAGAUUAGUCGAGAUGGUUGUUUUUGUUCUCAAUCAUUUGACUUCCAUUGCUGACCCGGAGUUCUUUGACUUGAUAAUUAGAAGGCCUAGUCAAACUCCAGAAAAAGUCAACAAAGGCAUGAUUUUGGCACCUUUAGUAGGUAUCAUCUUGAAUCUGUUGGAUGCGAGCCUUGUAACAGACGCCGGCGAGCAGAACGAUAUUGUCGACAUUUUUGCUAGCAUGGACUGUGCUGAUACUCUUAUUUCGGGAUUCCAGUACCUAUUAGAGUUCAAUUGGGCUGGCACCUUUAAGGGGGAUGUUCAUUUCACAAAACUCCGGCAGUUAGAAGAUUUAUCCAGCCAUCUUAUCUCGAGAACAGAGUACAAGAGGGUGGCCCACAAAGAAGAAACCGAAAGUGAUGAUAAUGUGUGCUGCAUCUGCUACAGGUGUGAAGCAGAUGCCAAAUUCUUACCAUGCACACAUGUUUCAUGUUUUGGCUGCAUAAAUCGCCAUCUCAUCAAUUGCGAGAGGUGCUUCUUUUGCAAUGCGACGGUACUUGAAGUCGUUCAGAACGAUUGUGAAAUAUAACUUAAGCUCUAAUUUAGUUUACUUGGACAAAAAGAAAUGGAUAAACUUAAAAAGACUGGUUAGUUAUAGAUAGUGUAAAUAGUCAAAUACAUGGAAUAUGUUAGUGGUAUUAUAAGUGCUGUACCGUUGGCACUGUACUCGGCUGCGUAUGAAUUUUGUAGAGGGGGCCGAGGGCGAUUAUUGUUUUUUAUUAAGUUCAGAACAAUUCAUGUGUGACAAUUUGCUGCUGCUGAGGUACUACAAAUAAGUGAAUCUCUACAGUUUUAAUUUUCUGGAUAUGAAAGAGGGGGGCUUGAUUUUGUAAA